AUCAGUUUGGAAAUUCCUGGCGGCGGGGGCCAACGAUAUACCGAAGAAGAAUGAUCUUUCGCGCGCAGGAAGAAGCGACAUGAAUUCCACCUUCAAAGUAACUUAUAAUCUUGGAUUAAUCUGUAGAAUCAUUUGUUUAUUCCAGUUCAUUCAUUUUUUUCGUGGUUCUUAUGCCAAUGUUUCUACGAAUUGAUCGGGGGAGAAAGAAGAAAAGGAAAAUGCCGCAGAAGCUCCAAGCAAAGAAGAAUAAGAUGAAAUAAUUUAGAAAUUUUCACUUAUUCCAAGAGCGAAAUCCACCAGCGUUUUGUCCACUAGGAUUGAGAAGCUCAAUGACUUCCUACUGCAUGAUUAUUUGGGCAAUUAGGCAGUACUCGAUCGAUAUGAAACAAAAUCUGCUUGCCUUGGUUGAACAUAUUGGCAAUGGUGGCAAAUCUUCAGGGUUCCCAUAAACCCCUCGAUUUGGAGAAAAUCUUGGUAAAAUUCCUUUGCAUUAUUUGCCUCAUUAUGGUGCGUUGAUUGAAUGGUCAGAACAAUUUAAGUUAGAUCUCCAGAGUCCUAGGAUAGAAGCUCUAUCACUUGUUCUUUUUGGUAUGCCCUUGUGCUUUUCUUCAAUGAAAACUCGGUUUUUAAGUAAGAAACUAUACGUCCAUUGGUUAUGUUGGGCUCGUGUUCAUUGCCUCGUCUUUGACAUGUUCAUCACUUCACUUUGAUACUCUUUAGAUCUACUGCGCUCAACCUCUAGUCUCUAAACUUGAUAAGAGUUCAUGCGCUAUUGAGCCGCUUGCGCUUAUUUAUCUUUGCUUAUUUUUAAGUCUCUUGAGCCUUAUCACUUUUUAUUUUUUCUUUUGUUAGGCCCCCUAAGAAGACCCACAAAUUCUCUUUAUGGAAUAUUUUAGAUAUAUAGAUUUAGGAUUACCCAUCUUCUUGUCAUACUUGUACUCAAUUGGUAUGUACUCAAUUGGUACGAUUCGAGUAACGCAUCAUUCACGUUCUCUAUAGAAGAGAUUCAUAUAUAAAUUUUGCUUUCUUGAAAACUUCAUUUCUGAUUUAUUUUACAAACUAGUAGAGUUCCAAGUGGUUUUAGCACUUGUAUAUAUAAAUAAUUUUUCAUCUCUUUAAGGUUUUGUAGAAUAUACAGGCAUAUAUACAUACACAUACAUAGAUGCAGAUACAUACAUGUGUGUGUGGUUCUAAAGAUCUAAACAAACAAUUGAAAUAAAGCCGCAGAACAGAUUGAAGAUUAUGCUCUCAACAUUUAAAGGGCAAAAUUUAGGCAGGUCUUUUUUCUCUCUCUCUUUAAGCUGCAGAUUAGGUAUUGUAUGAAUGGGUUAUUUUGCAACAGAAACAGCGAGGUAUAUGGCCAACCAAAUAAGAGGAAGACAUGGUCAAAAUAACCUUAAAUAUAACAACGUUAAGAGCUUCAAAAUCACAACCCUUUUACGUGAAGGACAUGAACCUUACAAGGCUAGUCAGACCAGACAAAGGCUAAGGAGAGUUUGAGAUAUCCAAAAUACAUAAAUAAAUCACGAAAUCUCUCUCUCUCUCUCUCUCUUCUCUCUCUCUGUUUCAUUGAGGGACAUCAGAAAUCAGACAUUAUGGCAAAUUCAUCAUCAGGAAUGGCAGUGCACGAUGAGUGCAAGCUCAAGUUUUUGGAUCUGAAGACCAAGAGAAAAUACAGGUUCAUAGUGUUCAAGAUCGAUGAGAAGAUCCAGCAGGUCAUGGUAGAGAAGGUCGGUGGUCACGAUGAAACCUACGCGGAUUUCACCGCUUCCAUCCCUGCCAAUGAGUGCCGUUAUGCUGUCUUUGAUUUUGAUUUCACAACCGAUGAGAAUUGUCAGAAGAGCAAGAUUUACUUCAUUGCCUGGUCACCCGACACGUCGAAAAUAAGAAGUAAGAUGUUAUAUGCUAGCUCGAAGGAUAGAUUCAAGAGAGAGUUGGAUGGAAUUCAAGUUGAAUUACAGGCAACUGAUCCGAGUGAGAUGAGCUUUGACAUCAUCAAAGCAAGAGCUCUCUAAAUCCAUCCAACAAAAAUAAAAACUAUUUUCAUUCCAAUAAAAAGUUAUAUAUUAUUUUUA